UAAGUUCCGGUCUGUCUCAGUCGUCUGUCUUGCAAGUCCACCAUGUUGAUGAUGUUGAUUAUAAAUCUACAGUUAUCUACAAAAGUUGACUCCUGAAAUGGGUUUUUGUUCUACUUGUGGUACACUUUGUGUGAGAGAAGCAAAGUUUUGCCAUAAUUGUGGUGAGCAGGCAAGCGCCACUCUAGAAGAUGGUCAGGAAGACAGUGAACUUGACAUUAUAACAGAGUAUUUUCAUCGUGGAUAUCCCUACAAUGUAAUUGUAGGCUUUUUGGAAAAACAUCAUGGUAUACGAAUGCAUGUUAGAACGCUUAAAAGGAAGCUUAGACAAUUAGACUUGAAGAGAAGAGAACCUAAGUAUGAUGAAGACAUUGUUCGAGAAGUGAUUAAGCGAGAAAUUCAAGGAUCUGGAUCACUUGUUGGUUAUCGCUACAUUUGGCAUGCCCUACGCUUAAGGUAUCACAUGAAUGUCCCCCGCAAUGUGGUUGCCAGUAUGAUGAAAGAAAUUGAUCCAGACGGUGUAAAGGAGAGARUUUCAAGGCGUUUGACCAGAAGAAAUUAUGUUUCUAGAGGACCGAACUUCUGCUGGCACAUUGACGGCUAUGACAAGCUGAAGCCAUAUGGGUUCCCAAUCCAUGGCUGUAUAUGUGGAUAUAGCAGAAGAAUAAUUUGGCUGGAACUGGUAAAAUCAAACAAUAAUCCAAAGAUCAUAGCUAGAUUGUUCUUGGAUGCUGUUCAAAAUGCAAAUGGAUGUCCAAGACUUGUACGUUCAGAUUGUGGCACUGAGAAUGUUCUUGUUGCUGCUAUGCAAUCUUAUUUUAGAGCYAAUGGAAAUGAUGAAUUUGCAGCUUCAAAAGCUCACCAGUAUGGUUCUUCACCAUCAAACCAGCGUAUUGAAGGUUGGUGGUCUUUUUUUAGACGAAGCAACUCAAAUUGGUGGAUCAAUUGUUUCAAAGACAUGUGUGAAUCUGGUAUUCUUGAACUUGGAAAUUCUUUCCACAUGGAAUGCCUUUGGUUUUGUUUUUCAAGAGUAAUUCAAAAGGAGCUGGAUGAAGUCGUUCAGCAGUGGAACAGUCAUUAUAUCAGAAGGUCUCGUCAUGAUACAGUUGCAGGAGUACCAGACAUCCUUUAUUUCUUACCUGAAAAUUCAGAUGCUGUUGAUUGCCUGAUACCCAUUUCAAAAUCACAGAUACAAGAGGUUGAGCCACAGUGUGAAAUGGAAAUGGAGGAAGAUGUAUAUUAUGAAUAUUUUGAAUACAUUAUGGAAAGGAAAGGUUGGCAUUAUCCAAAUACUGUAUCAGAAGCUUUUAACCUCUAUCAGUGUCUCAAUCAAUUACAGGCUGAUGUUUAACUUCUUAGAGUUAUGGGACUGAACAGCAUAACUUGUUAAUCAAUUCAAUAUACUUUAUUAACUUUCAUACAACUGGUACCUAGUUAACUAGAAUAAUGACAUUUAUAUGGUAUCUGUUAUAGUAUAUCUUCUUCCUCUGGUAAUCAAAAUAUGUUGAUGGAAGAUUCCCAUGCUUAAAAUGUUUCACUCUUUAUUUUCCAUUAUAACUGUAUUAUGUGAAAUACAUUUCUUUAUUAUGUAUCUGAUCAUGGGAUCAAGAAACAGUUGGAGCAAAAUUGGAAUAACUUGUAAGAAAAAAGUUAUAUUUGAAAAUGAUAAAAAAAUCUUUUCAAUGUGAAAUAAUACCUAAGCAACAAUCCUAUAAACUAAUAACAUUUCAAAAUUGUAUUUCAAUAUUGUAUUUAAAUCUUAUAAUAAUCUAAAGCAAUUAUCCAAAAUUAAACAAACAAUGGGUUAGUUCCAGAAAUUAUCCAUAGUUACCUCCCCCCUCCAGAGGAAUUUGGAAUUUCCUAGGGGUCAGGGGGAGGUUAGAAAAAUUAAAAAAUUUCAGAGUUUGUACGGAAUUUCCAGAAGGGGGGGGGGGGUGUCUUAAGGAAUCCCCCGUAUAUGGAUAAUUUCUGGAACUGCACAAAAGUGAUAAUAAAUACAUUUAUUAACUCCAAUUUAAAAACCCUUCAUAUCAUUAAAUUCAACGUUUUUAAAGAAACAUAUCUAAUAGCCAUGGUCCAUUUUACAGUUCCUCUCGGUUACUCCAGGCUUGAGACCCUUUUAAACUCCCACAGGCUGCAGUCAAAAACUAAAGAAUAUAUUACACUCUAUUGAGGCUGGAGUAACUGAGAGGAACUGUAAAAUGGACAACAUGAACAUUAAACCUAAAAGCAAACUUCCCUCACCAACAUUAAUGUGCAUAUUCUAAACUUGUGACAGCACUAAUGAUUAUUGGAUUUAUAACAAUCCAAACCCAUGACUUUCUUUAAUUGAAGAGUAGAUCAUCUCUUCCAUAAUUUUGGGACUAUUUAUGUGUACCGGCAACUUUAUGGUGAUAUCACAUGUUGAAGCAGUUGGCCGACAACAACAUCCAGGCAAGCAACCAUGAACAAAUUCUACUUGGAACUUCUUUGGAAAUCCAAGUGGGGGGAUGUCAUAACUUCCAGUCAGCCACUUGAUGAUAUCCCUCAACUCCAAAUCACCAAUUUCUAAAAUGUGAAUAACAUAUUAUUAUUAAAAUACAUGAUAUAGUAUAAAACAUAGUACUGUAUAACUGGAUUCAGGCUUGUAAUUGUUUUUUCAUUUCUCCGGACUUUGAAAUCAAGGAGGGCAUCUCUGAAACUAGUAAAGACUGUUUAGACAGUAUCAGUUGCUGUAUUUAAUGCAAGCUACAUCUAGGAAGACAAAUUUCUGCAGCUGAUGUAAAUAUACUGUAAAAAACAUCUGCACUUUUUACAUAAACUUGUAGGCUGAA